AGCCAAGGGAACCAUCGCCAGGAUCCUCCACAAGGGGCUGGACCUCAGGGAGGGGGCUGGGCUGACGGGCUCCUUCUCUGUGGAGCUGCCCGUCGGCGCUGACCUGGCACCUGCUGCCACGGUGCUGGGUUACACGGUGCUGCCCGAUGGUGAGAUGGCUGCCGACAGCGCCCGGCUGCAAAUGGCCAAGUGCUUCCCGAACAAGGUGAAGCUGGCCUUCUCGCAGGACCGGGCCCUGCCAGGCUCAGAGCUCCAGCUGCGGGUGCAGGCUGCCCCCGGGUCCCUGUGUGCCGUCCGCGCCGUGGAUCAGAGCGUGCUGCUCAUGAAGCCCGAGGCCGAGCUCAGUGUCGACAUGGUCUAUAAACUGCUCCCCAAUUUUCCCAGAGGAGACUAUCCCGAAGCAGUGCGAGAGCCUGAGUCAUGUUAUGAACCGCCCCGGGUUAUAACUCAUCACUGCCGCGCCUUAGGUCCCAGGUACAGGUGUCGCAGAGGGCUUAGGAGCUGGACUCCCCCUCAGACUGACACCUACAGCCUGUUUAAGGAUGCGGCUUUGAAAAUUCUCACCAACACCAACACCAAGAAGCCCUGUGAACAUGGAGACCUUUUAAUACGUCAUGCUGUCCUAGCCUUGCCUGUCUGGCGUGGCCCCGCAUUGUCUUCACUAGCAAGUGUGGCUAGUGCAGCAGGGAGCCCAGUGAGCAAUGCCCGGCCCGUGCCAGAAGCCUGCACCCAGGAGGCGCCAGCACCACGUGCGUACUUCACAGAGACGUGGCUGUGGGACCUGGUGCCUGUGGGCGAGGGGGGCUCCAAGGACGUCCCAGUCUCGGUGCCCGACACCAUCACGGAGUGGAAAGCUGGGAUGUUCUGCACGGCCGAGGUGGGCUUUGGGCUCUCACCGACGGCCACCUUCACGGCCUUCAAACCCUUCUUUGUGGAGCUGGUCUUGCCGUACUCCGUGAUCCGGGGAGAGGCCUUUGCCCUAAAGGCCACCGUCUUCAACUACCUGCGGCAUUGCAUCAAGGUGCGAGUGACGCUGGCGGAGUCUGCGCAGUUCCAGGUGCAGGCAGGCGAAGAUGGCACCUACACCAGCUGCCUCUGUGCAGACGAAGGGAAAACCUUCCAGUGGGAGGUGACGGCGAGCAGCCUGGGGGAGGUGAACGUCACUGUCAGCACCGAGGCUCUGCGCACCGAGGAGCUGUGCGGCACAGAGGUGGCCGUGGUGCCGGCCCAGGGGAGAGUGCACACUGUGAUAAAGACCCUGCUGGUCCAGCCGGGGGGGAUCCUGGAGGAGAAGGUGCACAGCUCCCUGCUCUGCCAGGAAGCGUCCGAAGAAAUCUCCUUACAGCUGCCCGCGAACGUCCUGGCAGGGUCCGAGCGGGCCCACGUGACUGUCCUGGGAGACAUAAUGGGCACGGCUCUGCAGAACACAGAACAUCUGCUGGCCAUGCCCUAUGGCAAUGGAGAGGAGAACAUGGUCCGGUUCGCUCACAACAUCUACAUCCAGCAGUACCUGGAGAAAAGCGGGCAGCUGAGCCCGGAGAUCAGGGACAAGGCCAAGGGUUUCCUCCAGAGCGGCUACCAGGACGAGCUGCUCUAUAAGCACAACGAUGGCUCUUACAGCGCCUCUAGGAAGAGCAACGCCACGGGCAACACCUGGCUGACGGCCUUCGUUCUCAAGUCCUUUGGCCAGGCCAGACCCUACAUCUCCAUCGACGAGAAGCACCUAGAGGACGCCCUAAGGUGGCUACAGCGCCGCCAGCGGAAGACCGGCUGCUUCCGCAGUGUGGGGAAGCUGUUGAACAACGCCCUGCAGGGUGGCGUGGUGGACGAGCUCUCUCUCUCGGCUUACAUCACGGCGGCACUGCUGGAGCUGGGGCAGCCGCUCACGGACCCCAUGUUGACCAGGGCCCUCCAGUGCCUCCGGGAGUCGAGCACCAGCGACCUCUACACGCAGGCGCUGCUGGCCUACGCCUUCGGGCUGGCAGGGAGCACUGAACUGCGGGACACCCUUCUGCAGCGCCUGGCCCAGCACAGCUUCAGUGACGGGGAACAGCUCCAUUGGCAGAGGAAGGUGAAGGCCCUGCCCAGCCCCUACGGGAACCAGGCCCCAUCGGCGGAGGUGGAGAUGACGGCUUAUGUGCUCCUGGCCUAUCUCUCCCUGCCCAACGUGUCUGCUGCCGACAUGACGACCGCCGCCCAGAUCGUCCGCUGGCUCAGCAAGCAGCAGAACCUGUACGUGGGCUUCAUCUCCACGCAGGACACGGUGGUGGCCCUGCAGGCCCUGGCCAAAUACGCGGCCCUGACGUACAGCACAAGUGGGGCUGUGUCGGUGACGGUGAGCUCCCAGGCCGGGGCCCGGCAGCAAUUCCACGUGGAGAACGCCAACCGGCUGGUGCUGCAGCGAGCGGCCCUUCAGGACAUCCCCGGGCAGUACACGGUGCGGGCUAGCGGCAAGGGCUGUGUCUUUGUGCAGCUGACUCUGCGCUACAACGUGCCGCCCCCAAAGAGCACCGUGACCUUUGACCUGCGUGUGGAGACAGAGCCGAAGGAGUGCACCGAGAGCGCCAGAUCCCGCUUCAGCCUCGUGCUGCACGCCCGGUACAGUGGGGAGCGCCCAGCCUCCAACAUGGCCAUCAUCGAGGCCAAGCUGCCGUCCGGCUACACCCCUGUCAAGAGGUCCCUGCGGCAGCUGGAGAAGCAGCCUUUGGUAAAGAGGCUGGAGGUGCAGAACGACCAGGUCACGCUCUAUCUGGACCAGCUGACGAAGGAGGCGGCGAGUUUCACCUUCUCCCUGGAGCAGGAUUUCCCUGUGAAGAAUCUCAGAGCAGCCCCAGUGAGACUGUAUGAUUACUACAAGACAGGUGAACACACGGAGGCUGAGUAUAGUGCCCCCUGCGGCUCAGCCCCUGAUGCCGACACGAUAGAAAAUUCCCACUGAAGCCCCCACCCAUGCCGGGCAGCCCCCUCCCCUCCCAAGAGCGCUGCGCCGGCAGCCAGACACCCCAGGAUCUGGGGGGCACGGACAGGCCUCGUCUCAGCUGCUGCUUCCGGGACCCUCUGCCCUACCCCCUGGCCCUGGGCUGGAAAGAGGCUGCAGCCCCGCAGUCGAGACACGGACUCUUAGCGCCUUCUUUGGCCAACGCCUCCCCGCUCACUCUGGAAACAUCCCACCUGCUCCUGUGACAAGUCACCACAGAAAUGAGGGGGACGGAGGGAGAUUAGCCCAAAAAUGAACGGACACUUUGGGCAGGGUCCGUUCCCCCGCUGCCCCUGCAGACAGCGCCUCCCCCCUGCAGACAGCUCCCCCCGCUGAGUCAGUGUCAGGGACAGCCCACCUAGGACCAGCUGCUGGCCUGCUCCCUAACUGCACUGCUAGCCCAGAUUGGAAUGGACAGAGCACCCACGGCCCCUGCCUGGCUCACCGUCUUUUGUGUCAGCACCUGGUGACCGCCCCCUCCUUUGCCCCCCCACCCCGCAGUAGCUUUUGCAACCCUUUUCCUUUCACCCAUGCAGCGAGUUAGUAGUUCUCAGCCUCAGUAGCCUGGUCCCAAAGAGCAGUGCUUGCGGUCCCAUCCCCGAUUGUAUGUCACGCUACGGAAGUGGUCGCUCCGUUUGUCUCUAGCCCCACAGAGGGGCUUUCGGACGCUGUGGUUUAUGCCAGUUCACCUUUGCUGAGAGGAUCCAGAAGCGAGGAGGAUCCAGGAGAGAGUAAGGCCAGAAUUUCCAGGCCAACAUCCCAACACGGGGCCGGAUUUCUCAGCGGUCAGCAUGCCAGGUGAAGGUUGGGUGCUGAGCUCUUUAGCAAACCUGUCCCCCAGCCAGGGGAGGAAGGCAAGGGGGUGGAGUCCAGGAGUUUGGAGGCAAAGGGGAUAUAAGGUCCUGGCUUGUCCCCAGCCCAUGGAGGAGCCGCUGCCACGCCCAGCAUCUUUUUUCAGGCCAUUUUAUUUCCCAAACAUGAGCAAAACCAACAAAACAAAUCCUCAGGGAUUUCCUCCUUUGCCUCUCAGUCCCUCCUGCUUCAGGGCCUUUGGCAGGAUUCUUCUGUGCUCCUCUGACAGAGCAUCACCUCCCAGGGCGUUUCCUCCAGCACGUUCCCACUGCCUCCUGCUCCAUGAGCAUCCCCUGUCCUUGCUGCCAGCCUGGCUGUCCUUAGCCCCAGGUGCUGCCCCGCUCUUUUGAUUGGCCACAUUGGGAGCCCCUGUUCUUGCAAGGGGAGCUGGACCGGCUUCAUUUGAAGAGCCAGCUACCCCGGGACAGGGGAGUAGAUGGGGAGGUAGCCACAGGGGGACAGAGGGAAGGCGUCUGAGCUUAGAGGAAGCAGUCGCCUAGUUGAUGGAAAGGAGCCAGAAGAGAGUGAUUUUGAAGUUGAGAGUGAGAGACGGUGCAAAGGCAUGGGUGGUGUGUGCACCCCCACCCCGUUUGGGGAGCCUAGCCGCCUGCCCCACCUCUUUUGCCCAAGGCCCCAUCCCCACUCUGCCCCUUCUACGCUGUCGCAGGCCAUCACACCCCUACUCUGGCACACUUCUGGGCUGCCUACAAACCCCAAGCCAUAUUUCGGACACAUGAUUUCGUCACCCAUGGACUAUAUGUAACUUCAAUGGACUCCCCCUCCCCGCAGUCAUGUCAUUGUUUCUAGGUGUAUGAUUACACCGGAGUCGCAGGAAGACACUAUAAGGUUCUUCUUUUUAACAUCCCAGCACAUUUUGGCAAGAGUGAGCGAGUUCCUAGUAAAACUUAAAGCUGAAAAGUUUGUUUCGCUGUUUGCUUCCCCGUCGCCAUGUUGAAUUCCAGGUGGGGCGGAAGGGCACCAAGGUGCUGGCGUGCAAACCGCCAUUAGCAGAUACACGCUGCUAGCCUACUCUUGUCGUUACUUUUGCAUUGGCACAUAAACCGGAAAUCCCUCCCAUUCCUGUAUUAGUAGCUACAAACAUGGAGCCAGAAACUUACCCGGCACCGGGGCGAGUUCUGCCUCUCCCAUUUCUGCCGCUGGUUCCCCAGCAGGCUGGUCCUGUGCGCUCCUCUGAGUACAACCCCAAAGCCUCCUCGGGGACUGGUGUCAUCGCCAGAGUCACAUCAGUGGCCUGAUCUAGCCACUGCUGCCUCCGAUGCUCAUUCUGGGGUCAGCAGGUCUCCAGCUGUCACCACUGACAGCUUCAUGCUCGGUGUGGUACCCAGCACUGAGAGACUGAGGCCAAAAGGGACCAUGCUGAUCAUCUAGUCCAGCGGUUCUCCAGCUGUGGGUUGGGACCCCAAAAUGGGUCGUGACUCCAUUUUAAUGGGGUUGCCAGGGCUGGCAUUAGACUUGCUGGGGCCAGGGGCUGAAGCCCGAGCCCCACCACCUGGGGCCGAAGGUGAUAGGGCUAAGGGUGGGGCUAAAGUUAUAGGCCCCCUGCUUGGGGCUAAAGCCCUUGGGCUUCUGCUUUGGCCCCCCACCCUGGGCGGUAGGGCUCAGGCCUCAGUCCCCCUGUCCUGGAGUCAUGUAGUAAUUUUUCUUGUCAGAAGGGGGUCACAAUGCAAUGAUGUUUGAGACUCCUUAAUCUACUCUGUCCUCCUGCACACGGCAGGCCCCAGAACCUCACCCACCCACCUUUGGCUGAGUUACCUAAGUCCUCAAACCUUGAUUUAAGUUACAGAGAAUCCACCAUUUACUCUGCUUCAAACCACUAAGUGUCCCACACUGCAAAGGAAGGUGAAAUCUCCCCAGGGUCUCUGCCAGUCUGACCUGAGGGAAAAUUCCUUCCCAAUCUCAAAUAUAGCCAUCAAUUAGACGCUGAGCAUAUGGUCGAGACCCACUAGCCAGACAGGUGGGAAAGAAUUUACUGUAGUUACGCUGAGCCCUCCCCAUCCAGUGCCCCAUCUAUGGUUGUUGGAAACACUUGCUAACAGAAGUCACAGAUGGGCUAUAGGCCAUUUCAGGCAACCUCCUUAAACUUAUCAAGCUCGGUCUUGAACCAAGUUAGGUUUUUUGCCCCCAUUACUCUCCUUGGAAGGCUGCUCCGGAACUUCAUUUCUCUGUUGGUUAGAAACCAUCGUCUAACAUCAAGCCUAAACUUCUUGAUGACCAGUUGACAUCCAUUUGUUUUGUGCCAACAUUGCCCUUUAACUUAACUCCUCUCCCUCCCCAGUGGUUAACCCUCUGAUGAAUUUAUAGAGACCAAUCAGAUCUCCCCUCAGCCUUCGUUUGAUUAGGUUAAACAAGCCAAGCUCAAGUCUCCUCUCAUAAGGUAGGCUCUCCAUUCCGCUCUUC